UGAAAUGGCACCUUAAACAGGCAGUGGACUUUUGAUGGACAUGGAAAAGACUUACAGAGCGAAGGAUGGAGAAAAUGACACUGAUUAUUUUCAGCCGGCCUCCGAGUGUCCAGCUUGUCUGCAGGAAUAUGAUGUGGUCCUGAUCCUGCCGUGCUCUCACACCAUGUGUUGUCAGUGCAUAGCCGCAGGAGAGACAAAGAGCUCAGUGCGUCUCCUCCACCUCAGUCAGCCGGUCUGCUCCGUGAUGUGCCCCUGCUGUCGACAUCCUGUUGAGCUGCCAUCCAGUACCUGGUCGUCUGCCACUUCCUGUUUACCUAAACACCCCACGCUGAGUCCUGCACGCAUCACUAAGGAGCCAGGCAGAGAGGAGGGAAAAUCUGGAAAGGACUUUCAGCACAGAGAGGGACCAACACACUGCAGGGACUCAGCUGAAGAACCCACACACAGCUGUUCACAUGGACAUCCUACCUGCUGCCCAGUAGAUGGCGCUGUGGACCUAGAAGAGAAAGAGAUGAUGCAGUCUGUCUUUGGACUGGACUUUGCUCUGAAUCCUUCAACUGCUUCCACAUCCCUCAGUGUCUCCAAAAGCUCCCUCACUGUCACCUACCAAGGACCGCCUCUCACAACUCCAUGCAACAAGGUCAGGAGGUCAAAGGUGACCUCUGACCCCAAGGUCCCAUUGGGGCUUCCGCAGGUGUGUGGAGACGUCAUCGUUGCUCGGGGGCAGUACUACUGGGAGGUGGAUGUGUGUAACAGCUCCGUGUACAGAAUUGGUGUGAUCUCAGUGGACGGUUCAGUUGGAUGGUGGCUGGAGCGGCAGGGCAGCUCUUUCUGUGCAGUCUACGAUGGGAGCAGGGAGCCGCUCCACACUGUCCCUCCUCACAUCAAAAACCUCGGAGUCUUCCUCAACAUCGGAGGUGGAGUUCUGAGCUUUCACAACACCGUGACCCAGGAGCAUCUGGCCACGCUUCCCACCCGCUUUGGUGCUGCUGGUGUGCUCCCAGCUUUCGGACUGGGCCAGGGUUGUCUGAGGAUACGCUGCUGCCUGCCUCCUCCAUCACACGUCUUCUGCAGCAAGGACUCAACCUACAGGGGGCCUCGUAUUUCAGACGACAGCCAGUGGCCAUGGGAGAUAGCGUUUAAGCCUGUGAGGAGUGUCAUUCAGAGGUUUGAGCAGAUGGCGGUAACAGACUCUGCCCUUGUGUCCAGUUUUGGACCGUGCUCUUCCAGCGGGGGGGUUCUAUGACAACACUCCUCUUUUGAAGGGAGCAUCAAAAAUCUACCCACUGCUGCUCCGAGUGGUUUGAUCUCUGUGUCUCAAGUGGAGGGUUUUUUUUUAUUUAGAAGGAACUCUUGUUAUAUCUUUUUACUCUCUGUGUGACCCCAGUCCUGCAAUUGACUCUUUCUCCCCAGGACAUAAGCCUUUUUCUCAGGCCAGCAACCCCCACUGGUUUGGGCUUGCGUCAGAAAGAGUGCUCCAUAAUGUGAAGUGUGAAGAAACGGUGGCUCUUAGCAGCAGGGCCCCUUGAUUUGUCUCUGUGUGACGGUUGUCAGACAGCGGGGGUCCUACAGUAGUACCACGCACGUUCUUGUAAGUGUGUAUGUGGGCGCUAGCAUUUGCUCAGGACCUCAUGCAUUUUGGUGUGUGAACAAUGUACAAGCGGCAGGGGUCGAGGUGGCGAAGGGUGAGUACAGUGACACAGUCCAUGUUGACAAAGAGCAGCCAGAACAGGUGGUAACACACGUUUAUCCCACGGCCUUCCUUCGCCAAGGACAGUAGGACUGGCCUUUACUGACCCUUUGAAAAACCCCAGGAAUCCAUGACACUUCAAAAGAACAACAGAGAACAGAAGGACGGCGAGGAGAAAGAGGACACAGCAUGCAUGAAUGAAAGACAGCAGGUAAUAAACUGGUUAAAAAGGGAAAAGGAAGGGAUAAAGAAAUGGGCAGAGGAAGGGAUUUGCAACAGCAUUCAUUCCAAAAGUCAUGAAUACACCAACUAUCACAGGUCACACAUCUGAGAGCACUUCUGAGCUACUAGCUGCGGCCUUUUUGACAUUACCCUAAAGUGAUGAAUAUGAAUUACUCGUCUUGGCCCGUUAAAUUCUGAUGGUGGAACGUUUUGUUUCCAUUCAGAAUUGUGGCGAAAUAAAUUGCUGUUUUAAUAUCUCGAUUUGCUAAGGUUUUCCUUGGCAACUAAGACCUUGUCUUGUGUCUAUUCGUCAUUCGCUUUUAGCUCCACACACCCCUGUUUUUCGCGUGUCGGGCACAGACUCAAUUGGAGCGAUUCUGGCAACAGGGAUGGUGAGAAUAUAAACUUUUUCCUCAUUUUCUCCCCAAUCCUCAGGGCUCCAGACCCCAUUAUGUAGAACCACUGGUGCCGAGGAUUAUUUAUACUUGGCACCAGUGACGUUCAUAUUCACUCCGCCUGUGACCUCCUAUGAUUGAGAAUUGCAAGGCUCAGUGAAGAAAUUAUCCUGUCGCAAUCUGUCUGUGUUGUUGUCAGUGUGACCUUGCCUUUCAGUGUGUGCUGCCACAGGAGUAUUGAGGCUGCAGUUAGUCUUUUUGUUUCCAUGUCCAGAAUGGAAGGCGGAAGGAGCGAGGGCUAGCAUUCGUGGAUAAAACUUACUUGCUAACUGCUAACAUGGCCAAAAGCUGAAGGUGGGAUAUCAGCAACAAUUUUUAAAUAAAUGAUCUUUUGCACAGAGAAGUGUACUUCACAUCACACUGUUACUUUCCAGACAGUCAGUGUUGUCAGCAGCCGAGGUCUGCUGAGGUCGAACAUAUGUAUUUUUAUUAAUAAUAACACCUUCCAUCUUUGUGACAGUUCUUUUGGAACCCAUUUACUAGCAUGGAGCGAGACCAACAUUCUCUGGUCAUGUGGUCCACACGUGCCAACUGUGUGAGCUCCAUGUAGUACAACACAGUUUCCACUCCAGUUGGUGGUGGACCUGUUUGAUCUAAUAUGCACUUGUGGAACGCUAGACUGAUUUUAUUACGAAUGGCACUGCGACCGUGUACGGCUGAGCAGCUCACAGCAGACAUGGAACAUGGAAAAUAUGAAUCAGGCCUCGUGCCUGUCAUAGUCUGACAACUUCAACUCCAGAUCUUACUGUAAGGCAAAAGAGAUCCACACAAUGUGAAGAUCCUUUUCAAAUGCUCUCUCUCUCUCUCUGUCCCUCCCUCUCUCUCUCCAACCCACAUGUAGAAAAUGUGUGUGGAAGCUAUUUGACUCUUGUAAACACAGACAAACUGAGAAAUUGAGGAGAUUUAAAUACACAGAGGACGGAUAAUGUCUCUGUGGGUUUGUUUACAUUAUACGCUUUUUCAAGCAUGGUCUUUGUGAUAAGUGUUAAGCUUGGAAAAAAUUCUUCAAUUCAAUAUGAUAUUUAUUUCCACACUAUACUGCACUGUACGUUUCAUUCUUGUCUUUAUAUAUUUAAAAAUGAGUUACUUGUAUUUUGUUUAUGUGUUUUAUUUGUUUUAAGUGUUAAAAUGUGCCAAAUAAACUCUUGUUGCUUUUACGCCUUUAGCCCAUGACUCUGUGAAAGGCCGACAGACAAUGCAAGGUAAACUGAUGAUUUUUUUUUUCUAAAUUCUUAAACUUAACAUAUUGUUUUCUUUAUGCACGGUGCAAUCUGAGAGAACAUUUACUGGCGCAGCAGCUGUUUGGGCCAUAGCCAGGUGGUUUGUGAUGUUCGUCUGUCCAAGGUCCCAAAGGUCACAAACAGGGAGCAGCGUUUUCAGUCCUUAGUCUUUACGCACAAAGACUUUUCCUGACUGGUCUAUUUUUCUCUUUUUACCAUUGUGGACGUUGAAAGGUCUAAAUUAUUUCCUACGUAGCACUGACAAACAUUGUUUGGAAUUGCACGACAAUUCUCUCUGGGGAGUAAGUGUGGUAACCCACAGCCUAUUCUUUGUUGCAACUAUUCAACCUUUGUUGGGUGCUCCUUUUAUACUGAAAAAUUACCCAGCAAUGAUCAGUUAACCUGGUCAUUUUGAGUGUGCUGCAAGAAUCAAUUCAAAAAUUAAAUUACAUUUUUUU